UCCUCCACCAUCUCUCUCCAUCUCUCUCUCUCCCUCUUUCUCUCUCCUUCAAUCACGCCAUGAGAGAGAUCCUCCACGUCCAAGGCGGGCAAUGCGGCAACCAAAUCGGUUCCAAAUUCUGGGAAGUCAUCUGCGACGAGCACGGCGUUGAUCCCACCGGACGUUACAACGGCGACUCCGCCGAUCUCCAGCUCGAGCGUAUCAAUGUCUAUUACAACGAGGCUUCUGGCGGGAGGUACGUUCCACGUGCUGUCCUUAUGGAUCUCGAGCCUGGUACGAUGGACAGCAUCAGAUCGGGACCGUAUGGUCAGAUAUUCCGUCCCGACAACUUCGUGUUCGGUCAGUCCGGUGCUGGUAAUAACUGGGCGAAAGGUCACUACACGGAAGGUGCUGAGCUUAUUGAUGCUGUUCUUGAUGUUGUCCGUAAAGAGGCUGAGAACUGUGACUGCCUUCAAGGGUUUCAAGUAUGCCACUCCCUUGGAGGAGGCACAGGUUCCGGAAUGGGAACUCUAUUGAUAUCCAAAAUCCGUGAGGAAUAUCCAGACAGGAUGAUGCUCACAUUCUCUGUUUUCCCAUCUCCAAAGGUCUCAGACACAGUCGUUGAGCCUUACAACGCAACUCUUUCUGUCCACCAGCUCGUAGAGAACGCUGAUGAAUGCAUGGUCCUUGACAACGAAGCUCUCUACGACAUCUGUUUCCGUACUCUCAAACUCAGCACUCCUAGCUUUGGAGACUUGAACCAUUUGAUCUCGGCGACAAUGAGUGGUGUGACUUGCUCUCUAAGGUUCCCUGGACAACUCAACUCCGACCUAAGGAAACUCGCCGUGAACCUCAUUCCAUUCCCUCGUCUCCACUUCUUCAUGGUUGGUUUCGCGCCUCUCACUUCCCGUGGCUCCCAACAGUACAUCUCUCUCACAGUCCCCGAGCUCACCCAGCAAAUGUGGGACGCCAAGAACAUGAUGUGCGCAGCUGAUCCUCGCCACGGACGUUACCUCACAGCCUCAGCCAUGUUCAGAGGAAAGAUGAGCACAAAGGAAGUCGACGAGCAGAUCUUGAACGUCCAGAACAAGAACUCAUCCUACUUCGUCGAGUGGAUCCCAAACAACGUCAAGUCCAGCGUCUGCGACAUCCCGCCGACCGGUAUCAAAAUGGCGUCUACCUUUGUCGGAAACUCGACCUCGAUCCAGGAGAUGUUUAGGAGAGUGAGUGAACAGUUCACGGCUAUGUUUAGGCGUAAGGCUUUUCUGCAUUGGUACACUGGAGAAGGUAUGGACGAGAUGGAGUUUACUGAAGCCGAGAGUAAUAUGAAUGAUCUGGUUGCUGAGUACCAGCAAUACCAAGAUGCUACUGCUGAGGAAGAGGGCGAGUACGAGGAUGAAGAGGAAGAAGCUUACGAAUCUUGAUUCUCUCUAUGCCAACUACUACAAGUAUAAUAUACAUAUCAAGUUGAGUUUGUUUAAAAAAGUAUUUGAAUUUACUUUCUUAUGGUUUUUACUUGUUUAUUGUAUUUGCUAUUUGGUUUGUACUUUCCUUCACAAUGCCUUGUCUUGUAAUAAUAAUUUUAUUUUAAGCUUUUA